AUGACCCAGUGUAUCCCCACCGCGCUCCCCUAUGACACCUUGCACUCUCCAACUGUGGUAAUCGAUGCGAUGAACCACCGGCCAGCCUUCUGCAAGCGGAAAAACAUCAAAUCCUCCAGUGAUCGGGCGAAGGAUCAAAUGGGCGCAGCCAAGAGCAUAAUUGCAGAGGCGGUCAAUUGGCCCAUUGGCACAAACUUGGAUUACUAA